AUGACGGUCACCCAUGAAUUGACCCACCGCGGGGCUCCUACAACUCAGAGCUCAGCAGGAAUGGCGCUCGAGGACCGCUUCGAGGUCUUGAAAGAGAUUGGCGACGGCAGUUUUGGCAGCGUCGUGUUGGCACGAGUACGGAGUGCUGGGGCCAGCGUAGCUCGUCGCGGCACAGUGAUUGCUAUCAAAACUAUGAAGAAGACUUUCGAGUCGUUCUCGCCAUGUCUAGAGCUUCGCGAGGUAGUCUUUCUGCGCACUUUACCACCCCACGCCCAUUUGGUCCCGGCAUUGGACAUCUUCCUGGAUCCCUUCACCAAGAAGCUUCACAUCUGCAUGGAGUACAUGGAGGGGAACCUAUAUCAAUUAAUGAAGGCCAGGGACCAUAAGGCUCUUGACAACGCAAGUGUGAAGAGCAUCCUUUUCCAGAUCAUGCAAGGUUUGGAGCACAUCCACGCCCAUGACUUUUUCCAUCGCGAUAUCAAGCCAGAGAACAUCCUGGUCUCGACGUCGUCCCACCAUGACUCAUCCAACACUUUUAGACGGUACAGUGCCAUGGUUACACCACCAUCAACACCUCCAACGUACACAGUAAAGAUCGCAGAUUUCGGUCUUGCCCGCGAAACUCAUUCGAAAUUACCUUAUACAACCUACGUGUCGACAAGAUGGUAUCGGGCUCCCGAAGUCUUGCUACGAGCUGGCGAGUACUCGGCUCCCGUGGACAUCUGGGCCAUUGGUGCCAUGGCCGUUGAGAUCGCCACUCUCAAGCCAUUGUUCCCUGGAGGCAACGAGGUUGACCAAGUCUGGAGAGUAUGCGAGAUCAUGGGCAGCCCGGGAAACUGGUACAACAAGGCCGGUGGCCGGGUUGGCGGUGGUGACUGGAGGGAAGGAACCAGAUUGGCCAGCAAGCUUGGUUUUUCCUUCCCGAAGAUGGCGCCUCAUGCCAUGGAUACUAUCCUUCAACAGCCCCAAUGGCCGGCUUCUUUGAGCCAAUUUGUUACUUGGUGCCUAAUGUGGGACCCAAAGACCAGACCUACUUCAACCCAGGCUCUCGCACAUGAAUACUUCGCCGACGCUGUCGAUCCCCUGAGACCAAAGUCGUCUGCGUCAAAGAUCUUGGGCCGGAAGCAGUCGGAUAUUAGUCGCGGCACAAAGGAUUCCGCUACGACCACGCCGAGCACAUCAAAACCCUCGUGGUUCAGGAAGUCAUUGAUCGGGCGCUCAGACAGCACCGAAUCAGCGAACGCGCAAGUCAGUGCGAAGGAUGCUGCGGCAUCACGUCCGUCCCCGGUACAGGCUACGACGAACGAGAUAUCUUCUGCAAAAGUUCGGCCAGCAAAUGGUAAGCGGACCACAUGGACUAAUGGACAAUCUAAUGUCGCUCCCAUGCCAAUCCUCCCUACCAUCAGACCCAUCUCACCCUUAUCAGACACCGUCCAUGCUCAAGCGUCAAACCGACAACCAUCGUACAACGACGCGUACGCGAACGGAAGCCACCGACCCGCUCCGAUAGAGGACCAAACGGCUAAGAAGAUUGGCCGCCAAUUGUCAGUUGCCUCAGCCACAAACCACUAUACCGAACUCCACCGUCAACAGGCCGAAAGGGCGCUCAACGGUGGCGCCAACCCCACCUCCGGGCUGGCCUCGCCUCCUAGCGGCCACAAGGAGAGUUUCUUCUCCCAUCUGCGGAAGCGUGCGAGACGAUUCUCAGGACGGCACCAGACACCCGUCUCCCCUACUUCUGAGGACCUCGAAGCUCAGGCUGGAUGUGGUCCUUGGGCGAGUAACAGAUCGUCCAUGGUCAUUGAUCAGCCGCAACCGGCUCCGGCUCCAGCCAAGAUUGACAACUACGAAUCGCUCGACAGGGCUCUCAAGGAAGCUCAACACAGCGGUGACUUUUCUCAGGCCCCGAUUCCCCCAAGUCAUUUGGCGACGCCCAACGGCAACUUGAAACGGCAUCACUCACUCCCUCACCACCAGCCUAGGUCUGUUGACAAUCUGAUCGGUGCUGCUCGCGGGGGAGGUCCAAUUUCGAGCCGGACCCGGAGAGCGCAGGCCACCCAUGGGGUACACCAAUAUGACGCUCCGGACGAGGAGGAGGAGCUUCUAGACGAGGUUUUGAAUGGGGCUCAUCGCGCCAUGAAGCGUAUGGACAACAAUGGCAAGCCAGGUCUACGACAAUCAGCAAGUAACGUUGGACUGAGCAACCCAUACCCCACGCCAUCACCUUCGGCAAAUGGUAACCAAGUGCUUUUCGGAGAUGGACAAGAGCCCUUAGCACCAAAACCACUCGAUCUGAAACGCAACUCCGGGAGGGAGCAAUAUAAAUGGCCAACCCCACCCUACGAGGAGAGCGAGUGGGCCUCUUCUGCUGCCGCGAGUAUAUGGGCAGCAGGGAGCAGAUUCUAG